AUGAGUACUGGGCAAUUGGAUGCUGAAUAUCUGUACGAGGAAUAUGAAACUCUCCAGUGGGAAAGGCCCUGGGAGUGGGGCUUGGUUGCCAUCGACAUGCUCCUAAUGGAAAACCAGAUACCUUUCAUUGCUGUCAGAAUCUUGUUUGAGAUUCUGAAGACAGAGCAUGACAAAGCUGUUGACCUGACGGCAUGUGCACAAAAUAUGUUCAAGAACUAUCUUCCACCUGGAAUGCGCACCUCGACAAGCCCAAUACACUGCAGGGAUGUGCGCUGCCUCCUAUACUUGCUCUACUGGUCCAUCCAUCCAAAUCCGAAGCUAGACAACAGACUGAUGCAGCCAUUGCCAGAUCCACCUACAUCUGGCAUGGAUCCUGCAAAGAAGCUUGAGACUGAUGGUAUCAGUAUCAGGAGAAGGCAGCAGUGGUGGCCUUUCAGUCGUUUUCUGGAGCCGUUCAGCUUCAUGGACAUCAUUUUCAGUCACGGUACAGUAGAGAUCCCUCAACUGGAGAUUAGUGACACAAGCAUUCAGUUGCUGCAGAACCCCAUCGCUUUUGAUAAGUGCUACCACAGCGUGACGUCCCAUGUGACAAAUUCAUGGAUGCCCUUAAUGCCGAUUCCCAGGACAUGGAGAUGCUGCGCAAGAAGAAUGUUUCUGAUGUCCAGUUGACCACUGCACAACCAGAACUCUCCUUUAGGAUUACCUCAGCAAGCUGAUGGUGGACGUGGCCUUGGUACAAGGAGACCAGAGCCAUCUGGAAGGAGAUGCCGAUGCCAGACGCCCUGCUAUUUGCAAUAUUGAUGUUGGUUGCAGCAGCAUAUGUCUUGCUAGUGUUGUACAGGUACAUGUCUUCUUGAUCAUACGGAACCGUGCUAAGGUUUCGUUGUUCACUCGUGCAGUACCCCCUGUUGCUGCUGUAAGCUGUAUGUCUUAGCCAACCAAAGUUAUGUCUUGUUUUGGUGUACGCUUAUCAUGCGGUUCUUCAGGCUUAUUUUCGUGAUAGCUGGUUAAAUUUUAUCUGAUGCAUGUGCUGUAAAGGUCCGAUUUGAGGAACCGACCGACAGAGAACACACUGUAGGCGAGACUGUUCUCGAAACAUUGUAAAUAAGUGUAACCAAAUUUUUGUUGGGA